GUUUUCGAUUAAAGUGACAGACAGUGACGUGUAAAUAUAACCUCACAUUUAUUGCAGAAAAUAAUUUAUUCACAGUUUAGGAACGUUAAUUUUCAUAAAAUAAAAAUUGUUUUUCGUAUCCGUGACUUCUUCAUGACUUUUGGAUAUUUUCAUGAUUUUCAUUCCAGGAAAAAAUAAUUAUACCGGUUCAGUUUGUAAUUAUAAUCAAUUUACGUUUCAAUAUGUACGAAAAUAUAAUGUCUUAGAAAACUAAUCUGUAGGAAAUGAAAUUGUAAUAAUCACAACCAUCGUCACUACAGUUCCUAAACUUCUGAUGUUAACAAUUUUCUUAUUUUGAUAAAAAAAUUUACCAUGUCGGACGAAAUUUUCACUCCUCCAACUGCUCCAAAAGAUUCUUGUUUUAGUGAAGAGAAUUUUAUACAGAAAGUAUUCGAUGUAGAUACUUUCCUUCAAGAACACAAGAAAAAUGUAAGCCUCGAGAAAAUGAGAGAUGACCUUGGAAUUUAUUUGAAAAUUUUACGAUCAGCAAUGAUCGAAUUAAUAAACAAGGAUUACGCCGACUUCGUUAAUCUUUCUAGUAAUUUAAUUGGACUGGAUAAAGCCAUCGAAAAUCUCGAGACGCCUCUUGGUCAACUUCGUGAAGAAGUGAUGCAAGUUCGACAGUAUUUAGAAGAUGCGAUAUCAGAAGUGACGGCCAAUUUAGAUGAACAUCGAAACAUUCGAGGUCGCAAACAAAGUUUACACAGUCUGAUACGAAUCCACAAAUCUAUUUCGAAAUUAAGUUCUAUUCUCUCUGCUGGAAACACUGCAGAACAACCUAUUAAACCUGAUAUUCUAGAAAGAGCUGCUACAGAAUUUAAUCAAUUAAAAUUCCACACGUCUCGUUGCAGUGCUGAUUUCACUACAGCUCAAAAUGAAAAAAGUGCAGAACUGGAUAAACUACUUACGGAACAUUUGAAUAAUAUAUUUUUAAACUAUGUCAAAGAGAAAGAUUCUACUUUUCUGACUCGUUGUCUAAGGAUUUAUGUAACUUUAGAUAAAAUAUUCGAGGCAGAAGAUGUCAUUAGGAAGCAAUUAGUUAAACCAAAAAUUGAGAAAAUUAUAAACGAAGCAAAUUUACAAAGUGAACCUCUUGGUAUUCAAGGAAUUUAUCUUAAAUUAGAAGCGAUUUUAGAUGAAGAUUUUAAACAGUUGUUGGACAUUACUUUGUAUCCCGAGAGAACAUCUGUCAAAGGUUUUAACUUUUUAGUCAACAGUUUUUGGACUGAAGUUGAAGAUAGAACUGAAGAAUAUUUAUCCUGUAUUUUUGCUCCAGGAAACCCGCAACUUUUCCACCAACGUUACACUGAGACGUUAGGUUUUCUUUCUAGAAUAGAAAAACGAUGCGACUCGUUAGAAGUUGUGAAAACGUUAAAAAAUCACGUUCAGUAUAAACGAUUUCUAAAAAAAUGGAAUUUGGCUGUUUACUAUCAAAUACGAUUUCAAGAAAUCGCAGGCUCUGCGGAAAGUGUACUUUGUGCAAAUAUAUCUCCCGCUUGCAUUAAAAAAAGGAAAAAUGAGAUUGAUCGCGAUAGUUUUUCUCUUUAUUCGACGAGCACAGUUUGGGACUGCAUUUUAAGAACUUGGUCCGAUCACGUAUUUCUUUCUCAACUGCUGCACAGAUUUUGGAAAUUAAAUCUGCAAAUUUGUUCGCGAUACAACGAAUGGUGUAAAGGAUCUUUGAAUCAAAAAUGGCAAGUAAUAACAGUAAACGAAAUUAGCACUGUGACCGAAACUGAAAAUCCUACAAGACUAGAAUUUCUCGUUUGCUUGUACACUGAUGUGGACAUUUUUAUAAGACUCUUACAAAGUAUUUUUCAAUUGGCAAACCAAAAAGUGAAAAAUCUGAAUGAAAAAUCUUGUAAACUACUAGAAGACUGCCUUGGAGAGACGAGAAAAAAUUUGUCCGAAACCCUGCCACUUAUAACUCAGGAAAUUGUAAAGGAACUUUUAUCUCAAAGCGCUUUUCAUUUGAAGCAAAUUAGUGAUAUUCCUAGAUUAUUCAGACGUACUAAUCGAGAAAUUCCAACAAAACCGUGUGCCUACGUGAAAAAUGCUCUCAGUUUUCUUUCCGCAUUUUAUGAUGAUUAUUUUCCAAUAAUUCCGCAGGAAACUAAUCUCUGGUUGCUUCAAACACUUUCAUCUUUGACAGAACAAUACAUUUCCUCAGUAACGGAUGUAUUAACAUCAGUACAGAAAACAGAGGAAAGUUUGAGAAAAUUGAAGAAAAUUCGAGACAAAUCAUCGGGAGUAUCCUCGUCCGAGACUCAAGGUGUGAGUGACGAUGAAAAAAUUCGUAUUCAACUUUCUAUAGAUGUAUCUAAUUUCGUGAGUUUGAUUAAGUCACUCAAAGUAUCUGAAGCGGAAGUACCACGUUUGCACGAUUUGACGCAAAUUGUCGAAGCGGCAGUUAAGAAUCGAAAUGAAGCAAAAUAAUAUUGCCUUUCUAUUUCCUAAUGAAAUAUUUUAUCCUCCUUUAUUAA